AUGGCCGAGAUGCAGAGCAAGUUGGAGGAAUGCAUAGCGGCACUGGCAGCCAUGGACUUUGUUAGCAACAUAAUUGCCUUGCUUGACCUGGGUAUCACAUUCUCACCUUUCACAAUGGAACUCGUCGUUCUCAUUGUAGCUUCUCACAGGAGUACAACUCGUCAUGUGCACCUUGGGCCUAUCGACUUUCCUAACCGCGCCUGUCGAGCACAGGAAGGGUCGCCUUCGCUACGUCAUCAUCAGCUUCAUCAUCCUUAUUCUAUCAGCGAUCCCUACCUUCCUCGACCACCCGUCGACAUUAAUGGCGCUGUACCACUCGCAGCCAGGAUUGUCUUUGUUGAGGCGGAAGGGAGGAACAAGGGCAGCAUCUACAUUGGCGUCUAA